CGCAAAUUGGGUGUUCCUGUUCCUUGUUUUGGUUGACAAAUGCUGCAUGACUCUUCAAAAGCAUGGCGAUCCCUAUAGCCAUCUUGGACUGUGAUCUACUCUUACACGGUCGAGGCCAAAAGACCCUGGACCGCUUUGACCUGGAUUCUGUCUCAGACGAUAUCCUCCUCACGCAAUUUGGCUUCCCCAGAGAGUUUAUUCUGUAUCUGGUGGAAAUACUCAGAGAGGCUCUCUGUAGACGUACCCAGCGGUCCAGAGCCAUCAGUCCUGAAGUCCAGGUGUUGGCUGCUUUGGGCUUCUACACAUCUGGCUCAUUCCAGACAUCUAUGGGAGAUACCAUAGGGAUCAGCCAGGCGUCAAUGUCAAGAUGUGUGUCUAACGUGACCAGAGCCCUGGUGGAGAAAGCUCCCCAGUUCAUCACGUUCAACAGAGAUCCCUCCUGCAUAGAGCAGUCCUUCCAGGCGUUUCAGAGGGUGGCAGGAUUCCCAGGAGUUCUGGGUGUGCUGGACUGUGUUCAGGUCACCAUCAAAGCUCCAAACAGUGAAGACUCGUCAUACGUGAACAAGAAGGGCUUUCAUUCUGUGGGCUGUCAGCUGGUUUGUGAUGUCAGAGGAUUGUUACUCAGCGCAGAAACAAACUGGCCAGGAGGACUCCGAGACAGUGACGUUCUAGAAAGAUCUGCCCUCCACAAACUGCUGCAGGGCACAGAGGAGGGCUGGCUGCUGGGUGACCGUCGUUACCCUCUCAGGAAGUGGUUGAUGACCCCGGUCGAAUGCCCAGAGUCCCCUGCGGAGUUUCAGUAUAAUCUGGCCCACACUGCCACACAUGAGAUAGUGGACAGAACCUUCAGAGCCAUCCAGACCAGAUUCAAAUGUUUGGACGGCACCAAAGGAUACCUGCAGUAUUCUCCAGAGAGGAGUUCGUCCAUCCUGCUGGCCUGCUGUGUUCUCCAUAACGCUUCCCUGCAGUCUGGAUUAGACGCCUGGACUCUGGAGAGAACCGACCCUCUGGAGCAGCCCGAGAGCCUCGAACAGAGACCCGAGGACCGCGACAGCCAGGCAGAGGACCUCAGAAAACAGCUCAUAGUCAAACACUUCAGCUAAACUGCUGGUUGAGGUCAAAAAGAGAUUAAGACUGGGACCACAGCAAAGCUAUCUUUUUUUUUUUUUUUUUUUUUUUUUUCUUUCAACAAAUUACAUAAAAGUCACAUUUAAAGCAAGAAAGUCCACAGACACAGUGUUGCUGAUGCAGUUUUUUUAUAUUUUGCUGGUUUCUACUCUACUGACUACACUAAGAUAAUAUAGUUGUAUAUGGAGGAACAUGCAAGACGCUAUACAACAAACCAAGACAACAUUAUACCCAAACACAUUUCAAAUAGCUGGAGUCUCUGAAAAGUGCUUGAUUAUUCUCUCUUUAACAUAUUCAUGAAGAGGUUAGAAUAAUCGAGCACUCCCCUGGUGUUUUACAACUAUUCGGACUGUGUGCAGCUGCUUUGUUAUCAAGGUUUCUUUACAAGUGGAAAAAGUCACCCUCCCUUCAGUUUUUAAUCCCUCCCCACAUAACAUCUUCCUUCCCAAAAGAAUCCAAUGAUUUUCUCCAUUUUUUUCCUUCUUUCCCACGUGAUUCCACAGGUCAAAAUCCUGGACUAUGUCACAAUACAAAAACAAGGCCCCUAUUUACAACAACUGCACAUUAGGUUGUCAUUAUUUAUGUACACUGAUGUAUUAAGACUGUUAUGGGUGAGAAUGACAGGAUGUUUGUGCAACGGGCUGCAGUCACUUGAAGUUUUUUGUGUACACCCGCGGUAUGAGGGACACAAAAUGAAACGGAUACAGAAACGAAUCAGAAAAACUGUGUAAAUUGUAAUGUUUUGGUGAGUAUUUCAUAACUCUGAAUUGUUUCCUCAGGGAUUUGGGCUGGGAAAUGUCUGUUUUCAUAGCUUUUAAUUUGAAGGAAUACCAAUUGUUUAAAAAUGUUUUCUCACAUUGUCACAAUAGUGGUGAAGAAAUAAAAGUGUUUUUGUACA